AUGACACCAGCUCGUCGAUGUACUGGCUGCGCGGAAGACAUAAGCCGGGCCAAAGUGGCACGCUCGCACUGUCCGCAUAAAUACUGCUCAUCUUGCCUAGAACGCCACUUCAAGUCCUCACUAACAGAAGGGGGCCGGUUUCCUCCAAGAUGCUGCGGACGGCCCUAUGACAUAGCCGCUGUGAGCAAGCACCUCACACCUGAGACCCUCCGGCAAUACGAGAAGAAAAAGGUUGAGUUCGAGACUCCGAACAAAGUAUACUGCUCGCGUGGACGGUGUUCUGCCUUCAUCCCCUCAACGUGGAUCGCCAACAACACGGCAAAUUGUCCCAACUGUGGCCACCAGACGUGUGCUGUCUGCAAGGAACCGUUUCACACGGGAUUUUGCUCACAAAACACCGACUACAACCGACAGAUGAGCGCCGCGAGGAAAUACGGAUGGCAAACAUGUCCUCACUGUAGGCGACUCGUGGAGCGUCAUUCCGGAUGCCAACAAAUGGCGUGCCUUUGUGGCGUCGACUUCUGCUACUUCUGUGGUAGAGUUUGGAGGACCUGCGGGUGUAAGGGUCCGGCUGCUGAUCCCAGGGCUGACGAGUUCGCGCAAAUCAUGGAGCGCUCGGAGAACCUCCCUUCUGGAAGCGUCGAUUACAUCGGCCCCGCCUUUCCGGAUCGUGGUCAUGCUACCCCUCCUGCAAACUUCCCUGAGGCUCCCCAGAAUCCCCGUCGCUCUCGGGGUGGUGGGCUUUUUGGACUUUUCACAGGCCGUCGCCAUGCCCGUGCCCGGGAUCCUCCAGAAUCUCCCGGGUCGCCCGUGGCCACUCCGCGGGGUGGUCCGUUCAUGAGCGGCCCGCCCCAGAGUCCCGCCCCUACAGAACAGCGACCUCAACCGGCUCCCCAAGCCCAUCCGUCUUCCCACCUCUGGGGCCAACCGUUUCGGAGUCACCUCGCCGUGGGUAGUAUGGUGAGUAGCCACCUUCGCCAGCAAGAGCUUCGGCGCGGUGGGAGGUACCAGCCCGAGGCGUACCAUCUGGAGCGGAUCAGACAGGAAGUCCUCGAAUUUCGGCGCCAACAUGAGAAUGACUGGAAGUUCAACGAUGUAAUUUGAUGCGGCUAGCUUCUCCUUCCUGCACUGCAGGAGAGAUCCAGUUUUCUGGUGAGUCGUGCGGUGAAGGAAGGAGACCGUGGAGGAUGCGCCAUAUCUCUGAAUCUAUUGUACCCGUGUAUUUAGGGAGUGCCGUGGAUUUGCAUACUUUGGAGGUUUCACCACUUACCGGCGAAACAGGACUUCGUUGUCUGGGUACUUGCUGUAUCCUUCUUCAGUUUGGAACGGAGUCGAACUUGAGGCUGGAGCUCGAUGUUAUUUCUCUGUGUUGGCCGUCUCGUGUUGAUUUUUGAGUACUUUAUGAUUCUGAAAUUCGAUAGGGCUUUU